AACAACACACAGUACACCUUGAGGGUUUACCUUCCUAGUGACUAUCCCAGCUCCUGCCCUCAAAUGGUGGUCAGCUACCCGCCCUACUGCUUGAGGAAAAGCAGAGGAAUUGAACUGGAUUCACCCAGCAAUGACGACCACACCUGGCAAACUAACGAUGGCUGCACGCAAAUUUUCCAUUACAAGCCCACAAAAUGGACAGAUGACAACACGCGAUACCAAGUGACCAUGAAAGGUUUGAGUUGGCUGGAGGCCUGGGGCGGAGGGGAGGGGGUGGGGGUUGCUCCCAGAAAAAUUUGGCGGAGGUGUGUGACCCGCUUCCCAAAACGCUCAACCCCUUUAUGACCAAAACCUGCGAUUUUCUCUUUCCUACUGUUAUCACCAGACCAAAAAUUCGAUGUCCUAUUUAUGACCGUUGCGGCUGACACAGUUGCCCUAAACAUAAGUUUUGAAAUCCAUACCCUUUGGGGCCGCACAUACCUAUAUAACCCAUAAAAGGGAGUACCCCCCGGGCGUGAAUCGAUCUUUUUAUUGAGGUCCAGGCCUGAUUCAGAUCAUUCUAUCGUGUUACAUUACGUGUUUGUUGAGAUGAGACACUUGUGAUAGGCUCUCUGACCUCACUCUUUCGUCUCGCGCAUAGGAUUUCAAUAGAAGCAAGAGCAGACGUGCAUCACUACUCGAAUGACUAGAUCACAUAAAAUGACUUGAAUAAAAAACAUUGAUUUGCACUGCAUCUGGGCGGUGAAUUCGACUGGAAUUACGAUCAAAUAUAAGAUUCUUCUGCCGCCUCGGUGUGCGUCCCGAAUCGGGCGGACUUUCACCUCAUAAGAUUGCCGCGUUCAAUCCAACGAGUUGGGUCCUAGAGACGUGGCACUUGUAGGCCCUGGAACCUAAUCAAAUAAAGAUGGCGGACGAUACCUUGCUGAUUCUGUUUUGGACAGCUUUAGCCGUGUUAUUUGGAAUAUAUGUACUGUGGAAGUAUUUACAACCCAGAAAUUCUAACCAACAGAGAAUUGCAACUAGCCAAGCGUCCGAGGACGUAAACAAAGCUCGUCUAAAGUAUUUUACUGGCAACGAGGAAGUUGGCUCAAACUCUGCUGACCUGGGAGCAGCGGCCGCGAGUACCGAUUCUAGUAUGAAACAUGGGAAUGCUUUGGAAGAAGAAACGAGUAAAGAGGAAAGAGACUCCGAAAAAUCUGUUGACACUGGCGCUUUUGAACCCUCUGUGCAGUAUACCAAAUUCUUUGAGGGACCAAGUAAAAUGAAUGGUACUUCUCAAGUUGAAAAUAGCGGUUUUGAUCCUGAGACAGGCGCACCAGUUAGUCAACCUCUUAAGACAUUAGAAGAACUAUUGUCGUGGAGACAAGGCUUCGACUUUUUUAACGUGGCUACAGUUCCUCUGACAGAGCAAAACAGGACGAUAGAGAAAAGACCACGGACUCUGGUGUGUCAUGACAUGAAGGGAGGAUAUAUCGAGGACAGGUUUGUUCAAGGCGUCAGCUCAUGCGACUGUUAUGUGAUAUACCACUGGCAGCUCAUUGACAUAUUUGUUUACUUCAGUCAUUAUUUUGUAACCAUACCUCCCCCUUGUUGGACCAAUUCUGCUCACACCCAUGGUGUUCCAGUGUUGGGAACUCUCAUUACAGAAUCAGAUGAUGGAGCUGCAAGGUGCAGUAAGUUUUUAGAAGAUGAAGCGUCAUUGGAGACUAUGGUUAAUCAACUGGUAGACAUAGCUGAGUAUUACAGAUUUGAUGGUUGGCUUUUGAACAUAGAGAAUCCUAUUCAGCCUGUUCAAGUCAACAAUCUAGAGGAAUUUGUGAAGAGAUUGACAACAGAGAUUCACCGGCGUAUUCCUAACUCCCUUGUUAUCUGGUAUGACAGCAUCACUUACAAAGGAGACCUUGCCUGGCAAAAUGAACUUAAUGCACAAAACCGAGUAUUUUUUGAUGCAUGCGAUGGUAUAUUUUUGAACUACUUAUGGUCUGAGGCACACUUGAUGCGAUCUGCAGGUGCCGCUGGACGAGACCGCCUUACUGAUGUCUAUGUGGGGGUGGAUGUUUUUGGGCGUGGUUGCUUUGGAGGAGGAGGGUACAACUCUAAAGCGGCUUUUAAAGUGAUAAGAGAAGAGAAAUUAUCCGCAGCACUGUUUGCUCCAGGGUGGGUCAUGGAAACUCAAGGGACUGAACAUUUCAUUGCAAAUCAAGACAAGUUUUGGAACCUUCUGGCUCCCUAUUGUACUGUGCACACUGGAGUCAAGAAAAUACCAUUUGUGACGUCAACAUGUCGUGGUUAUGGAAAGACAGCCAGUAUUGACGGAGAGGUUGUACUGUGCCAUCCCUGGACAAAUCUCAGUGCCCAACAGUAUCAGCCCACAUUCAACAACACAUUCUUUAAUCUGGGCACCAAGGGAGGCUUGAUAAUCAGCGCUGUGGAGUUCACCGUGGAAGAUGCCUAUAACGGCGGCGGCUGCCAGCUGAUUACUGGCCGUGUCAGCCCCUCACAAGAGAUGUCAAGGGGUGUGGUGAGGCUGUUCAAAACAGAUUUCCUGAUAACAGAUCCUGUUCUGGUGUCAUUCACAUUCAAGUUGUGUCCGAAAGACUGCAUGGACGUGGCUUUACAACUUCACACCAACACCAAGCCAACGUACCUGUUGCUUUGUCCAGCUAACCCACGUGAUCAAGCUGCUAGUAACAAAGAGGAUGCCGAGCUAAAUGAAAAGUUGAUUCGUCGUUAUGGCGUUCCGAAGUCCCGGACGUUGACGUCAUCAGCGUUCAUGUCUCCUAUUGGUCAAGAGCACUACGAAUUGUUUGAACCUCUGACCGGUGCUUUCCACGACUCAAUACAGCAGGCUCACGGAUUGAGAGUGAAGGGCAAGGAGAAAGAAGAGGAGGCUUCUUUGUGGUGUACACGAUAUUAUCUGGUUGCUGGGAAGCAUUUGAUUGGCUGCAGGGUGCAGGAGGUCCGGCUUGUUUGUUCUGUUUCUCCUGAUGCGAAAUCUACAGGAUCAUUCAAACUUCACCUAGGAGAAAUUAAGGUGACUGUUUCAUUAUACCUUGUUUCCUCAUUUAACAAUCUUCGUGUAACUGUCCGGCAAAAUAAAUGAAUACCCACAAAGUUGAGCAAUACUGACCCGAAAAUGUUUAGUUCGCAAGGAGUAAUCCGUCAAAUUCUCCCGCUUUUUAUAUCUUCCCGUUUCCUUUUACAGUAAAGGCACUUGAACUAUGAACACUCGACACUUUGGUACGCUUUUUUCUUGGCGGCUGUCGAAUGAAGGCUCUUCAUAUACUGUUAAAGAUAGUCGUUUUUACUGUGUUAAAACGCUAAACGUUAUUGUUAGUACGAAGAACCCUCAUUCUUUAGUCACUAAAAAAAUUUUCCAAAAAAAAUAGUCAAGUGUUCACGAUUCGAGUCUCCUCCUUCUCUCACGAUUCCUUACUGUAAUUAUAGUACAUACUACAUACUAUGUACUUUAUUUCCUCAUAAUUUUCCUUUAUCUCCCCACAAUAGUUGCCAUUUGCUUGAUGCCUUUGAACGUUCGUAAAUAUAGUUUUCCAAAUGUUUUAUAUUCGAUUAAAUCUCUCUCUAUUUUGGCUGAUAUCCACGGCCACACUGGCACUCGUUACAAGGUGUAUUCCACCCGUGGAACGUCUUUCGUGUGAAAUGCAUAUCGGGACAUACAGAAAAGGGUGCUUAAUUGGAAAAUUUUAGCCUAACAGGCUCUUAUACGCGGAUUUUCACUGUAUCUUAAACAUCGGCAUUCUGCUUUUUCAAACUGUCGAAUAGUAAAGUUACUCGAAAAUAAUGGCGGAGAUCUGAAAGUCUGGCUAAAGUUAUCGAAAUACAAGAUGUUUUCACUGAUAUUCCGUAUGGCAAGUCCAGUUUCGUUCUUCAUCCAGCUGAUCUUACAAACUCCUCUAGACGUAAAGAACAGCUUCACUGGCGAGUAUUGACAAUUGUUAUGGCAGUUUUCUGAUCUUCAUAUGGCAGAAAGAUUAUUUUAUCCUGUUGAGAGUCAAAAAGGUAGAGAGUGUAUGAAACGUUUCUUUACAAACGUGCCUGGUCUCGUCUUGUCAUCAAAUAGUGAAAGAAAAUUGUAAAUGGAGGUUCCACUCUGAAAGCGCAUCAAGUGUUUUCCGUCCACACUACCCCAGAGGAAUUUGUAAACCCAACAAUCACCGCUCAUUUUGGAUUUUUGUUUGAGGAAAACUCGGCCAGGGAAAUCACGUGAUUAUCGUGACGCCAUUGUUUUCGAAAAGCUCUGUUUUCAAAAUUUUACUGUUCACCCGAACUGAAACGAAAAGCCGUCGUUUUCAAAUAGCUCCGGUUUGAAGAGCGUUUUCGAAAAGCUCCCUUUUCGUGAUGGAUUAGUGUGAACGGUAGGCCUAACCAUAGAAAUAAAGCUGCGUUUUAAAACUACUUCGGCGUACUGCGGACGCUGCCUAAGGCCUGGGGAAAACGUCGAAUCCGAGUCGCGUCGAAUAAAUUAGAAAUAGGUGCGACAAAGAGUCGACUUAAUUCCAGCGUGGUAGCAAACGUCGAACCUGCCUCGAUCCUAUUUCACAAGUUGCACUCCAUUAAAACACGGGAAUAAGCACAUGUCCCCGUGUUACUCACUCGAUGCGCGACUAGUUACUGCUAGGACUUGCUAGCGAAAUGCCGAUACUCUUCUCUUCAGACAACGGUAGACCCGGCG